GACAAAGAUAUUAGCAGACGACAAAAUGUCAGCGUCCCUAAAAGAUAAACAAAUCGAUGCUUUGAAACGUGUUCUAAAUCUCAACGUCGUCGUUGGUAAAACAACAACAACCGAACCUCAAUGGAAGGUUCUCAUAUAUGAUGACUGGAGUCAAGAUAUAAUUUCGCCUCUGUUUAGCUUGAAAGAGUUAAGAGAUACCGGUGUGACUCUACAUUUGAAUUUAAAUAAGCAGAGAGAAGCCAUACCCGAUGUUCCUGCAGUUUAUUUAGUCGCUCCAACUGAUGAAAAUAUUAAUAAAAUAUGCAUUGAUAUUGAAAAUAAACUGUAUGAAAGCUUUUAUUUCAAUUUUAUAAGUGCCAUACCAAGGGCAAAAUUAGAGAAAAUUGCUUCUGCUGCUGUUGAAGUGAAUAAUGUUCAAUCAGUCUCUGCAGUUAUGGAUCAAUAUGUUCAAUUUAUUUGCUUAGAAGACGAAAUGUUUAUAACGAAACAAAGAGAUACCUUUAAUUUAUCUUACUAUGGUCUUCAUCGAGCUCGUAUGACUGAUACAGAAAUGAACCAAACAUUAGAUUCUCUCGCUGACACGCUUUUCUCUGUUCUAGUUACAAAAGGUCAAAUCCCUAUUAUCCAAUGUCCAAGAGGGAAUGCUGCAGAAAAGCUGUCUGAGUUAUUAGAUAAAAAAUUACGUGAUCAAAUGAAAGAUGCUCGAACUCAUAUGUUUUCUGGAGGAAUAGAUGCUUCAUCUUUACAUCGACCUUUACUUGUUAUACUCGACAGAGACGUUGAUCUGGCUACACCACUUCAUCACACAUGGACGUAUCAAGCCCUCGUUCACGAUGUUCUCAAUCUAUCUUUAAAUAGAGUCCAGAUCAAAGAAAAAUCUUUUGAUUUAGACAGUAAGAAUGAUAACUUGUGGAAUAAACAGAGAGGUUCUCCUUUUCCCGAGGUUGCCCAAGAAGUGCAAAUGGAAUUGGAAAAAUGUAAAAAUAGAGAAGAAGAAUUAAGAGUAUUGAAGGCUUCCAUGGGCGCUGAGGAAGACGUCGAUGGAACAACAGCGAGGUUAUCCAUGGCCGUCACAUCAUUACCAGAAAUAUUAGCAAAAAAGAGAAAUGUUGAUAUGCAUAUUGAUAUUGCUGCAUCUCUGUUAGAUCAGAUUAAAGAGCGAAAAUUAGAUAGUUUUUUUGAAAUGGAGGAAAAAUUGUUGAGCAAAUCAUCCAAAUUAGGCGAUAAAAAUUUGCAAGAACUGCUAAGAGAUCCCCAAGCCGGAACUCCAGAAGACAAGGUAAGACUCUUUAUUAUCAGUCUCCUUUGCACAAAGGAAAAUAUUUCGGAAGCCGAAAUGGAUAGUUAUUGUAAUAUUCUUCAAAGUGCAAAUUGCGAUCUGGCAGCCGUGCAAUAUAUUAGAAAAUGGAAGGCUUUUACAUCCAUGUCUAUGGGUUCAUUGACUUACGGUGGCUCCGAUCAUUAUGGAACAAGAACGGAUUCAAUGUUUGGAAAACUUUUAGAUAAAGCAUCUAAAUUCGCUAUGGAAGGAGUAAAAAAUUUAGUCGUUGAGAAACAUAAUUUGGUUGUUACAAAAAUAGUCGAUGCUUUAAUGGAGCUAAAAUCUACUCCUGAAACUGAUAACUUUAGAUAUUUCGACCCAAAAAUAUUACGUGUAACAGAUCCCUCAAACAUACCAAGAACAAAAACUCCAUUCCAAGAAGCAAUCGUUUUUGUUGUAGGUGGAGGAAACUAUAUCGAGUAUCAGAAUUUAAUGGAUUAUUGCAAAACGAAAUUACAGAAUAGCACAGUUAAAAAGAAAAUAAUUUAUGGUUGCUCAGAAUUAUUGAAUGCUACUCAAUUUUUAUCGCAAUUAUCCGAAUUAGGAAAUGAGUAG